AUGAGCUUACAACAAUUGGUGAAUGAUAGAAUUCAUCCUACUCUACAACUUGUGCAGGACAAAGUGAAUGAGUAUAUUGAAAAAUACCUGGAAAAAAAGACAGUCGCUCUUGGCAUUUCCGGCGCCAUUUCCGUAUAUCUUGUAUCCAAAUACAUCGUCUACCGAAUCUACUUGCACCCAUUGAGACACAUGCCUGGGCCCAAGGUUGACUGGAUCCCAUUUUUAGGUAACUUUCGAGAAAUUAUCCAGUCAGAAUCAGGCGCACCUCACAAACGAUGGUCCAAGCAGUAUGGCGGCAUCUACAUGUACCACGGAGAAUGGAAUCAGCCACGUGUCGCUGUGACAGACGAUAAGUUACUCAAACAGCUUUUGACGACCCAAGAGUACGAUUUUAUAAAGACACCCGAUAGUCAGAAAUUCCUAUCCCGUUUCCUGGGCAACGGCUUGCUCGUGGCAGAGGGUCAGCAACACAGAUUCCAGCGUAAACUCCUGAAUCCUGCCUUUUCUGUACAAUCCAUCCGAUCUAUGGUUCCUCUGAUGGCCAAACCAGGAUAUCAACUGCGCAGACUCUGGCUAGACAGGAUCAAGGAAAACGAUAAUGAAGAAUUUACAGAAAUUGAAGUAUCUACUGGCCUCUCACUCGCUACUUUGGAUGUCAUUGGAUUAGCAGGGUUUGGUCAAGACCUCAGGUCGGUUGAACACGCUGGUACAGAGAACCAAAGUAAGCUCAGUCAAGCUUACCUUCACAUCUUUUCAGCUGAUCUUUCACUCUUUCGUAUCCUAUCAUUUAUCUUUCCUAUCCUAAGACAUGUGCCUACAGAACGAAAUAGGAUCAUCAAGCGCGACCUUCGAUGGCUGGAGGAGGAAAGUAGGGCACUGGUGCAAGCAGGCAUUGAUCGUGCAGCUCGAGAAAAAGACAGUCAAGAAAAAUCAAAGGAUCUGUUGGCUCUUAUGGUAAACUUGAUCGAUGACGAAACUGGAAAGGGCAUGACUGCAGAAGAAUUGAGAAACCAGUGUAUGACCUUUUUGGCAGCAGGUCAUGAAACAACCAGUGUCAGCCUUAGCUGGUGUCUGUGGUUACUUGCUCAGAACCAAAAGAUUCAAGACGAAUUGCGUAAAGAAGUACGUUCGUUGUUUACAGACGAUGAAUCUGUUCCUUCUUACGACGGAAUCAACGCCUUGCCUCUGCUUAAUAAUGUCUGUCGAGAAACACUUCGACUGAUUCCUCCUGUGCCUGUCACAAACAGAAUCACACGUGUUCCUGUCGUACUAGGCUCCUACGCUUUACCAAAGGGUACUGUUGUCUUUUUACCCUUGAUCGUCAGUCAUCAUUCCAAAGAAAUCUGGGGCGACGACGCAGAAGAAUUUAACCCCUACCGCUGGGAAACAGACAAGGUCGGAAACGCUUAUCAAUAUAUGCCAUUCUUGGCUGGUGGUCGACAAUGUAUUGGGUACAAGUUUGCAUUGAUCGAGAUGAAGCUUCUUCUCGCUAUCCUCAUCAAGGAUAUUCAAUAUUUCGAAAAACCUGGAUUUACAGUCAGAAAGAAGCAGCAAAUUACGCUGAAACCGUUCCCAAAUAUGGUGCUGUGGAUGAAGUCCAUCAAUAAAUAA